ACACACUCUUGAAGGACAUCAAUGCUAUCAAGGAGUACAGACCAGGAGAAGGAGAAGUAGGGUAGUGCGCGCAACGGAGAGGACAGUAUGCCACUAACCUAAGAGAGACGACGGAGGCGACACCGGAGCCAUGGAGGAAGGGCGAGACGAGAAAGAGGCCACGUCUGAGAAUUCAGAAGACCGGGGCAACACUAGUGACAGCAGCAGAUGCGACGGCAGCGGCCUGAUGUCCGUCCAAUUCAUGCAGAAGAUUCUUGCCGAAAUUCUGGGCACCUACUUCAUGAUCUUGGCGGGUUGCGGCGCCGUGGUGGUGAACCAGAGCACGGGCGGCGCGGUGACGUUCCCGGGGAUCUGCGUCGUGUGGGGGCUCGUCAUCAUGGUCAUGGUCUACUCCGUCGGCCACGUCUCCGGGGCGCACUUCAACCCCGCCGUCACCAUCGCCUUCGCCACCUGCCGCCGCUUCCCGUGGAAGCAGGUGCCGUCCUACGUGCUGGCUCAGGUGCUGGGAUCCACGCUGGCGAGCCUGACGCUGCGACUGACGUUCGGCGGCGCGCACGGGCACUCGUUCGGGACGAUGCCGUCCGGUUCGAGCACGCAGGCGGUGGCGCUCGAGUUCAUCAUCUCCUUCUACCUCAUGUUCGUCGUCUCGGGCGUGGGCACGGACGACAGAGCAGUUGGUGAGUUGGCUGGUCUCGCAGUUGGUGCCACCGUCGUGCUGAACGUGCUCUUUGCCGGGCCGAUCACGGGGGCGUCGAUGAACUCUGCGAGGAGCCUAGGGCCGGCGAUCGUCGCCUGCCGGUACGGCGGUGUGUGGGUGUACGUCGUCGGCCCGGUGUGCGGGACGGUGGCGGCAGCCUGGACCUACAACCUCAUACGGCUCCCGGACAAGCCGAUCGCCAGGAGCGGGUCGACUGCGUCGUUUCUCAGACCGCUGUAAGGGGUUAAAUUUAGGAUGGAAAAUUUGCUUUAACCAGUGGCAAUUAGAUUGUGAUGUUACAUGGUGAGAAAUGUACAUGCGCAUGGGUCUUUUCACCGACAUAAACCCGAUUCCAAGUAAAGUUUCUCCU